AUGACCAGCAUCACCCUCGACGAAUUGCGCGCUAUGGAGGCGAACUGCGACCGCGACGAAGUCGUCGACUUGCGUUCUCUCGAGACCGUCUCCAGCUACGAUGACCAUCUCAUGUGCCCCAUCUGCCACUGCCCAUUUGUUCGCCCGGUACGCCUUCAGUGCGAUCAUGUGUUCUGUCAGAAAUGUCUGAACUCUGCCAUCACGGCCUUUGCCGCCAGUCGAGAUGACUUCACCUGUCCCACCUGUCGGACUCCCACGAGGGGUGUUUAUCUCAACGUGCCCCGCCUGCUGCUCAAUAUGUGCGAUGAUAUCAGGGUGCGGUGUCCUUGUCGGGAUGAGGGCUGCCAGGAGAUCAUACCCAGGGGCCACGUUCAGUUGCACGUCGACAAGUACUGCGGUUACAGACUCAUGAAAUGCCCGGACGGCUCGUGCAGCAAGAAGACCCGAAAGAAGAACCUCGGUCCUGAAGGUCGGUGUCUGCACGAGCCUCAUCGAUGCCUGCGCUGCCAUGAGUAUAUCAUGGAACAGGACUACGAGACCAGUGUCCUCCGUAAAGCACUGAGAGAACACAUCGAUGCCUGUCCUCAGGUUGUCCAUGCUUGCACCGCAUCGAAAUAUGGCUGCCCUGUCAAAGUCAAGCGCGCAGACCUGGCGACGCACGAGCAGACUUGUCCGCUGAUAGCCAUGGGCCCGUACUUCGAGGCGCAGAAUGCACGACUUGACUCCCUCGAACUCACCAUUCGUCAUCUCCAACAGCGCAACGAGAUCUUCGAGGACGGAAUUGCCAACAUCCGAUCGACAUUAGUGCAGUCAUCUCGUGCUCUAGCCGAGCCGGAAUCUUCUCCGGCUAACUCCGACCCUCCUCGUCGAGAAUCAUCAAGCAACCAAUCCCAGAUUGACAGCUCCAAUCUCUACACCGCAGCUACCACGAACUACUUGCUUUCCCUCCACGAAUCUCUCCGCGAGGAAGUCGGGCAGCUGUCCCACGCCAUCACCGAUCUAGACGCUCGUGCCAGCAUGGCACUGAUGAACGAAUGUCUCCGAUUGAAGGAAGACAUGGCGCACACCAACGCAGCCGUCGGCAGCAUUCGCAUGCAGGUGCAAUGGCUCCUGAACCCGCGUCUGCAACAGAGCCAGCGAGCAGGUGCGCGUCCCGGCAACGCCAACACCGGCAACGGUAAUCCUGCAUCUGCAUCGGGGCCCAGUAGCGCCGCUGGUCCAUCCACAGCCUUUCUUCGUCCCCGACGACUCAGCGACAGCGGACGAGAAGGUACCAAACUAUGA